AUAGACUUUUUCUUGUCCAUUUCCUCUAAACAGUAUCACUGAACAGCCAUUCGCAAAGCAUUUGCACUGUAGUGGGUGUUGUAAGUAGUUUGGAGUUUUUAAGCAUACCAGAGGAUGCAUAUAGAUUGUGUGGAAAUACACAAUUGUCUAGAGGGCAAAAUCCAUGGGUUUUGUUGUCUGUGAGGAGCUCAAACAGGCCCUCCCGAGGAGACUGAGGGCUGACCUCCCUGUGUGACCUUGUCACUGGUGACUCAACGGUCUUCUCCAGCAUUUGUUUAUUAUUUGUGCCAGUCUGCAGCCCAGCAGCCCUGUCUGACUCCCUGAGAGCUGAUGGUCCUUGGUAAGGUGUUUGGAAAUUGAUUCAGCUGGAGUUUUUAUGGUAAAAUCCAGGGCAGGGGGCACUGAAGGAGCACCAUCUUGUGCCUGGCACAUGGUGAAAGUGGGACAGACUUGUUCCUUCUCUUCCCUUUCCUCUUCUCGCUCAAAAGUUCUGUGUAUUUGAUCAGCUCCAAAACAUGCUGAGCCUCUUUUGAAUUGUUGCUUUGGUUCUUUCCACAUGCAAUAAAGUCACUAACCUUUUUAAAUGGAAACAAAAACAAAGGCUGUUAGAAAGCGGUUUCCCCUCCCAGGUCACCCGGCUCUCAUUUUGGAGAAUAAGCAGCACUGUGCUGAGCCCAGAGGCCGGGCCAGAGGCGAGGCCAGGCCUAGGGAAGGCAGCUCCAGCUGGGUGAAGACCCUGCUCUCCAGCCAGGAGGGGAACGCCCGGCCGCUGGCUGCUCUGCAUUCCACAGCUCCUGGGUGUAUCUUGCUUUCAGGGAUUCCAGCAGAAGGAAAGCCAGGAUCCUCUCCAGAUGGAAGACCACCAGCCCCUAAGGGGUUGAACGCCACUCCCACCUGCAGAACGUUCCCAGGAGCCCUUGCCUUAGUCUGGCCCGGUGGCAUCAUGGCCUCUCGUUUCGUGGGCUUUCUUGGUGUCCUGGGUUUCCUCCUGUUGCUUGGACUCCAGCUUGUCUGCCCACAGCCCUCUACUGAACACAGAAAGGUCCCGCAGCGGAUGGCAGAAAGCGGCCCCGCGGACGGCAGCGGUGGCGCCCCUGGAGUGUGGGGCUCCUGGGGGCCCUGGUCCGCCUGCUCGCGCAGCUGCAGCGGCGGCGUCAAAGAGCAAACGCGCCCGUGCCUGCCCAGCUCCCCCGCGCGCGGCUUGGCCGUGUCCGGCCACGUGGUGUCCGCAGUGCGCGCGUCCGUGCCGCUGCACCGCCCCCGCGAGGAGCCGCCUGCGCCCCCCCGCACCCGCGCCCGCGCCCACGCCCACGCCAGCACGGGCCCUGCGGCGCCGCCACGCGGAAGUCGGCACCCACAUCCCCGGGCCCGCGCGUCCCCGGCACAGAGAAGGAGCAGGACCCAGGGUCCCAUCGGUCCCGGCAAGUAUGGCUAUGGCAAGGCCCCGUACAUCUUACCACUGCAGUCGGACACCACACACACGCCAGAGAGACUGCGAAGACAGAGGCCUGCAUCCAGGCCAUCCAGGUCCCAGGGAACAUCUGCUGCCAGUCAUGGCUACAACAUGCCAGCCCACCAGCUCCCCCACCAUGGACCUCUGUACCAAAGCGAAAGUGGCCCUCAUUCUGGACAACAGGCCUUGGAGGCCUCCAUCUACCAGCUGCCUUUGACCCAUGAUCAAGGCUUCCCUGCAGCUUCAAGUCUCUUCCACAGCCCAGAAGCAAGCAGCAGCCAUGACGUAGGUGCCCACAGAGGGGAUCAGAGCUUCUCACAGCCACUGCGGUCUGCAGCUAUCUCGUGUAUCGGGGCCUAUCGGCAGUACAAGCUCUGCAACACCAAUGCCUGUCCAGAAAGCAGCAGAAGCAUUCGUGAGGUUCAGUGUGCCUCCUACAACAACAAGCCAUUCAUGGGCCGCUUUUAUGAAUGGGAACCAUUUGCAGAAGUAAAGGGCAAUCGCAAGUGUGAGCUGAACUGCCAGGCAAUGGGCUAUCGCUUCUAUGUGCGGCAAGCUGAGAAGGUUAUUGACGGCACCCCCUGUGACCAAAACGGCACAGCCAUCUGUGUGUCAGGACAGUGCAAGAAUAUCGGCUGUGAUGACUACUUGGGCUCCGACAAAGUCGUGGACAAGUGUGGGGUGUGUGGAGGUGACAACACAGGCUGUCAGGUGGUAUCAGGCGUGUUUAAACAUGCUCUCACCAGCCUGGGCUAUCACCGCGUUGUGGAAAUCCCCCAAGGAGCCACAAAAAUCAACAUCACUGAGAUGCACAAGAGUAACAACUAUUUGGCCUUGCGAAGUCGUUCCGGCCGCUCCAUCAUCAAUGGGAACUGGGCGAUUGAUCGUCCUGGAAAAUACGAGGGUGGAGGGACCAUGUUCACCUACAAGCGUCCCAAUGAGAUCUCAAGCACUGCCGGAGAGUCCUUUCUGGCCGAAGGUCCCACGAAUGAGAUCUUGGAUGUCUACAUGAUCCACCAGCAGCCCAACCCUGGCGUGCACUACGAGUACAUCAUCAUGGGCACCAAUGCCAUCAGCCCGCAGGUGCCACUGCAGAGGAGACCAGGGGAGCCACUCAAUGGCCAGCUGGAAGCAGAAGGCAUGAGCCAGGAAGGCAGAGAGAAGGAGGACAGGGGCGAGGAGAAGGAGGACCUGCGUGGGGAAGCCCAGGAGAUCUUCACCUCUGAAGCCUCUCAGCCCUUCCCAGUCAGACACCCGGACAGAUUCACUUCCCAUCAGCCAGACAACUCGGUGCCCCCAGCACCACAGCCCCCGAGGCGGAGCCGGGAUCACAACUGGAAACAGCUGGGGAUCACAGAGUGCUCCACCACCUGCGGGAAAGGAUCACAGUACCCGAUUUUCCGCUGUGUGAACAGAAACACCCACGAAGAGGUUCCUGAGACCUACUGUGACCCCAGCAUGAAGCCGACCCCCGAGGAGGAGCCCUGCAACCUCUUUCCCUGCCCAGCCUUCUGGGACAUCGGCGAGUGGUCCGAGUGCAGCAAGACCUGCGGGCUGGGAAUGCAGCACCGGCAGGUCCUGUGCCGCCAGGUGUAUGCCAACCGCAGCCUCACGGUGCAGCCCUACCGCUGCCAGCACCUGGAGAAGCCUGAGACCACCAGCACCUGCCAGCUCAAGAUCUGCAGCGAGUGGCAGAUCCGCACGGACUGGACCUCAUGCUCUGUGCCCUGUGACGUGGGACAGAGGACGCGGGACGUGAAGUGCGUGAGCAACCUGGGGGACGUGGUGGCGGACGAGGAGUGCAACAUGAAGCUGCGGCCCAACGACAUUGAGAACUGCGACAUGGGGCCCUGCGCCAAGAGCUGGUUCCUCACCGAGUGGAGCGAGAGGUGCUCGGCAGAGUGCGGGGCCGGCGUGCGGACGCGCUCCGUGGUUUGCAUGACCAACCACGUCAGCAGUCUGCCCCUGGAGGGCUGUGGGAACAACCGGCCAGCCGAGGCCACCCCGUGUGACAAUGGGCCCUGCACAGGCAAGGUGGAGUGGUUCUCAGGGAGCUGGAGCCAGUGCUCCAUUGAGUGUGGGAGCGGGACGCAGCAGCGGGAGGUAAUCUGCGUUAGGAAGAACGCAGACACCUUUGCAGUGCUGGACCCCUUCGAGUGUGCCUUCCUGGAGCGGCCGCCCAGCCAGCAGUCCUGCCACCUUAAGCCUUGUGGAGCCAAAUGGUUUAGCACAGAAUGGAGCAUGUGCUCCAAGAGCUGCCAGGGUGGCUUCCGGGUCCGGGAAGUGCGAUGUCUGGCAGAUGACAUGACCCUAAGUAAUCUCUGUGACCCUCAGCUGAAACCAGAAGAAAGAGAAUCCUGCAACCCUCAGGACUGUGUCCCCGAAAUCGAUGAGAGCUGCCGAGACAAGUACUACAACUGCAACGUGGUGGUGCAGGCGCGCCUCUGUGUCUACAACUACUACAAGACAGCCUGCUGCGCGUCCUGCGCCCGGGGCGCUGCCAGGCACUCUGGCUUCCUGGGGAGCAGAUAACGCAUACCACCCCGUCCUGGGGCACCGCCGGCCAGCAUCGUCACCAGCCUCACCCCCGCCACGUGUUCCGCCCGUGCCUGCCGGGAGCUCAGUGCCAGGCGUUGGGAGCAUUGGAAAGCCACAGCCCACCCCUUAAGUGUUCCAUGGACUCAGGACCCCAGGGACCCAGCACCUGCGGACAGUACCCUCACAGCCUGGUGCCGUGCCAGUCAGCAGAUGUCCCUGAUGGGCACCGUCUCACCCUGGUGCUCCUGGCCUCUCCAAAGUGGGCACCCUGUGGGAGCCAGAGGAGACAUUGUCCUUGUGCACCCCUCUGUGAUCUCAGCCCACCGUGCCUGUUUUGACUCUCAAAGCCAUUGGCACAUCUUCCUGCCUUAGGACACUUAUCCCACAUCAGCAGAGCACUGUCCAUGCCAAAGCUGGCGUAUCCCAGACACCAGCUCCUUAGAGGCUCACAAGCCCAGAUGGGAGGUGGCAGACAAGUAAUCCCACUUUUUUUUUUGACAAGGAAACUGAGGCUCAACUCGGGACCUGCCAUGUGGCAGAGCUGAGUGCCCACCCAGUCACCUGCCCACAGCCCUCACCUGUCCUAGUCACCACCUGGGGCCUGGAGGAAGUAGCGUCCUUUCCAGCCGGGAGGCCGAGAAGUUUCCCACCAACAAACCCAGCCCAGGGCUUGGCCUUCUGCCUCCACAGUGUGUGGGUCAGCCUUUCUGUCCUGUGCUGAGCUCUCUCCCCUCCCCACAGGGACAGCUCUGGCUUCCCUAAAUCCAUCACCAACAGAGCUGUGCAGGGGACAAGGACAGCCACAGUAGAGCCAGGGGGUUGCCUGAUAUUCUGGUUCCACCACAAGUGACAGGUUCCUCUCGUCAUUCUCGGCCAUCUCUCCUGGGCUCCUUGCCAUGUGUGGUCAGUAUGAAGUCCAGCCUGUAGGCCGCCAAAGAGCUCCAGGCUGUAUUAGGGUCUUUAUGACAUUUUCUCUGUGCCCUCCAAUCCUCCCCUGCCCGAUGACCCACAGUCCUCACCUCCCCUAGACUUGACCAAAUCUCAGUUCAUUCAGCCAGCCUGGGAGAAACGGUGAACUCCUGACCAUCAUCUCCCAACCCACUUCACCCAAUAAGGGAACUACAGAGGCCUUGGCCCAAGGUGGGGUGCAGUGCAUCUUGAAAUGUGAACCAACUAAAAAAUUUAGUUUUUUUUUUUCUUUCAUCCGUCAAGAAUAUCAGGCUAAACAACUGUGGGUUUGUCACUGUCCCCUCUUCUAGGUCCUGGGCAUAUUUCCCCUUCAAAGCAAGCCUUACAUUUCCCCCUGGGCAUUGUGACCAAAAGCUCUGCAAAGCUGAUGAGGAUUUACAGCUCUAGGCCCUGCCAGGCUCCCUCUCUCACAUCCGCCAGCCUGAGGCCUUCAGAUACUCUUGGGUGUCCUGUCAGCGCCUGAAACUGAGGAGCUCAGGUGCAUUUCUGAGGAUGUUCCCUGCUCUGCCAGUGCUCAGGUGACGGUAGGUCUGACUUUCAUGCCUCAGGGCACAAGGAGACCAGAGAUGCCCGAGCUGUGCCCCUUCCUGCAGCCCAGCCUGUUUUCCCUCACGCCAUGCCUUCAGGCUCUGCUGAGCAAAUAGACCUUGCAGGCUGCUUGGCGAGUCUUUCUCCAUACAAGUGGGCCACCUGGACCAGUGGGUGCAGACCAGCCUCUGCUGGUCUCACAUAAAGGAAGGGAAAGUUCUAGCAAUCAGCUACCCACAAGGGGUGCGGGCCACCACACCAAGGGAGCACUCUGUCCUUGAAGACUUCACUGAGCUGUCGGAAGAGAACACCCCAGUCCUUCAAACUCAGAAAUUCCUGCCCAGUGUGGGGUUGGCCAGCCUGUGCCUUCAUGGGGUAAGGGGUGCCCAGCUGGGGGCCUUUUCCUUUCCAGGAAAAAUUCCAGCUGUUCCUGGGGCUCACGCAUGUUUGGGAGCAGGUGGUGAGAACAGAGGCUUUGUCUGCUCCCAGUUAGAGAAAGCCGAUCUGUGCUAGUCGCCCAGUUCCUGUUUCAGCCCCCAUGUAUUCCUGAGGCACAAUGCAUCCCAUUGUGGGGACUUGGGUAUUUCCGGUGACCUUCCAGGUCAGAGUCUAAGGCAAGCCCACCUUGGGGCACUCUCCCUCCAGACAGUGUAGCCUCCUUUCCCAGCAUCCAUCUCUCCGUCCUCCCAUCACCCACCAUCUCCUUCCAGGCUCCUUCUGGUGCCUUCCUUGGCCAAAAUGUGGAAUAGAAAUUUGUAUUUUAAGACUACGCACACACACGUGCGCGCACACACACAUACACACACACACACCCCAUACUGCACUGCCUUGUUCCCUGCUCUGAAUUUUACAAUGUGUUUUCCUGCGCAGCACUCUGCAAAACCUCAGACAGAAGUCAUGCCUCUCCCAGCCUAGGCAGGGCCCACCUCCCCCCUCCCUCCUUCCCAGCCUCAGGGCCACCUCAGGUCCAUCCCUUGAAAAAAGAACAGGAAAUACCCGACGCUGCAAGCUCCUUGCAAAUUCGCCGCUAGAGGGAGCCAUUUCCCUUCGGUGAAUGUUGCGAUCAGCCCAGAUGGUGGGAACCCCUAAGGCAGGAGCUCUCAGGACUGUCCGCAUCUGUUCCUCUGCCUUCCUGCUCCGGAGGGCUCUUUGGGGGUGUUUUCCUCCAUUGCCUUAAGUAUAUAUCAGUCACUCAUUACCAGGGUAGCUUUGUGAAAGGACAGAAAAUGAGAGACACUAGUUUGACUUGUUUUUAGCAGGCUGUUUGGCACCAAGAGAGAUCUAGAUAUUACCGUAUUGUUAGCAUGUUUUCUUUGCUUUUUAAUUUUUUUUUUCUAUUAACAGGGCUCAGGUAGAGUUGAGAUAGCACUUUCCAAAAGAGGAAGAAGAAAUAGAAGUAAUAAGAAAGACGACCAGAAGCUAAGCCAGGUUGAAUAAUCUAUAUCAGCCCAGUAGGUGGAGACCAACAUCCAGUCUUCACCAUUUUUACCAUGAUUUCAAUUGGGGAAGAAGAUGCUUUCCUGGCAAAGAGAUUGGCUGACAGGAAAUUGGGGAGCCUUAACUAACAGGAGCCAGAUCCGAACAGAUCUGAAGACUAAAAACCCAGAUCUUAAUACUCAGCAGGAAGUAUCGGAAAGAUCUACCUUUGGAAUUUUAAAAAAACACCUAUACAAGUAAAAGGUUAUGAGACGUAUUUCAGUGGACAAAACUUAAUGGAGGAUGGAUGCAGACUGCUGACCGUGUGUAAUGUCCAGGGGCAAGGGAACCAGGUAGGAUGGCUAGAAACAGCAGGAAGGACCUUGUGAGGAUGAGGGGAUGGGGAAAGUGUUAGGGCGCCAUGAGAGCCUACUAGGCCCAGGACGGAGAAGCUACAGGGACCCCGAUAUUUGCUCUUGCAGGAGAACCAAGCCUCAAUGUCAGAGGACUUGUGCCAGAGGUGACUGGCUCAACUUUGGAGGGGUCACCAAAGCCAGAGGACAUAGGACCGGGUCUUAGAUAGCUGGCUGGGCAUCAUGAUGUCCAAGGUUAUUUGCAAGUCUGGGUUUGGUGAUUAUGUUAGUAGGCAGUUUCCUGUGGUGCUUAAGUGUGACCUGCAUACAUCCUAUCCCAUUCCCAGCUUUUGCCACCGUGUCGACCAUUUCAGACCCAUCGAUGCCUCUGCCCCUAAGCUGAAUGUGGCCUUAUAUCUCAGAGAACCACUGGUACCCUGACCAGAGCCGGCCCACUGGUCCUGUGUCACAGAGGACACAAACAUAAUGUGACCAGGGAGGCAGCACACCCAUCAGGCAGGAGCCCUUUACCUCCUGCCAUCUUCACGCCUUGCUUUCCUCCAUCUCUGCUAGGACAAAGUGAUUCUCUGCCCCGAACCCCUAUUCCUGGUCCUACCCAGGUUCCCCUUGUGCUGUGGUACAGUGACCGAUAGACGGUGGCAACUUGUGGCCAAUGUUGUCAGCAUCUUCCAGACCGUGAGCCCUGCUCAGUGCCAGGAAACCCCUUCUGUUACCUACAGGAACCCCCCCCACCUGCCUUAGCCCCCUGCUCCCCUGCAGUUUGACAGAAGGAUAUACUUUGUGAUAACUUAUUAUGUUGUUCUUUGUAAAUACAAGAUGUUUAUAGGAAAUAUGUAUUCUGAACUCUAUCUGCAGAUAAGUCACUACACCCAAAUAGUUCUAUAAUUUAGAGUAUGUUAAUUAUAAAGGGACCGAAUAGGUAUUUAUUUGCAUAUCCCAGCCACACUCGUAUAAAAUCAUCUGACCAUACUAACCAGCUUCCUGGAAUCUUACUACCCGACACUGAUUUAUUCUAAGCCCAUGUUUACCAUUGUUCAGUAUGCCGAUGAAUACUCCUUGAGGUUUAAGAAGAUUAUAAACUCCUCUCUUUUUGACUGUUCGGGCAUCACUGCUGGACGUGAUUGCCACCUUUCCAUCUUUAACAUUGUAUUUCCUCCUAAAAUCUGCCUGCUCCUCGUCCCCUCACAUUUGGAGGACACACAGCCUGUCCCCCAGCCUUCUUGUCCCUGCCGUGUCACCUGCUGUUAGACCCGCAGGGUCAGAGCUGCAGACUGGGCGGGGAGAGGCUGGAAGGCCUGUGACUACAGCGGUCCCCACUGGGGACGGCGGCCAGGGCCGCCAACAAGGUUGCCCUGUGACUGGGUAGCCAGCAGCAAGAGGCAAGGAACUCACUGCUUGCUCUAUGCACCCAGCUCCGGGGCGGUGUGAGAGUGCUUUGUAAGGAGGGACAGUGCACGGUGGAUUAUAUGAGUAAAUACAGCCUGCUUUGGGGGAAAAUGUCAGCUAUUUUUGUGUAUGACUAAUUUAUUUUUACUGUAAAAAUACAAUAAACUGGUGAAAAGA